GAGGCCCAUCCAUGUUUGGGAUGGAGGGCUGGAUGUAGGAGGUGGAGGGUUGAUAAACUCGCUGGGAGCAGUUCAGACUCUCACUUCUGUCCGCCCCCCCGCCCUCACAUCCCAGCAGGCCCUGCACUGCCACGUGUGACUCGCUGUCGUAGUGCCAUUGUUGCUACAGCGCCCCCUGCAGUCAUGUGUGACGAUGAGGAGAGCACUGCACUGGUCUGUGAUAACGGAUCUGGUCUAUGUAAGGCCGGGUUCGCUGGAGACGACGCCCCAAGAGCCGUCUUCCCCUCCAUAGUGGGCCGGCCCAGGCACCAGGGAGUGAUGGUGGGAAUGGGGCAGAAGGACAGUUAUGUUGGAGACGAGGCUCAGAGUAAAAGAGGAAUCCUAACCCUAAAAUAUCCCAUCGAACACGGAAUCAUCACCAACUGGGACGACAUGGAGAAGAUCUGGCAUCACUCGUUUUACAACGAGCUUCGAGUGGCACCAGAGGAACAUCCCACCCUGCUGACUGAAGCCCCCCUCAACCCUAAAGCCAACCGCGAGAAGAUGACACAGAUCAUGUUCGAGACCUUUAAUGUCCCUGCCAUGUACGUGGCCAUCCAGGCCGUCCUCUCACUGUACGCCUCUGGAAGAACCACAGGUAUCGUCCUGGACUCUGGUGAUGGCGUCACUCACAAUGUGCCGAUCUACGAGGGUUACGCCCUCCCUCACGCCAUCAUGAGGUUGGACCUGGCGGGUCGUGACCUCACCGACUACCUCAUGAAGAUCCUGACGGAGCGCGGCUACAGCUUCGUCACCACCGCUGAGAGAGAGAUCGUUCGGGACAUCAAGGAGAAGUUGUGUUACGUCGCUCUGGACUUUGAGAAUGAGAUGGGGACGGCGGCGACCUCAUCCUCUCUCGAGAAAAGCUACGAGCUCCCUGACGGACAGGUCAUCACCAUUGGCAACGAGAGGUUCCGCUGCCCGGAGACGCUCUUCCAGCCCUCAUUCAUUGGUAUGGAGUCGGCAGGUAUCCAUGAGACGACCUACAACAGCAUCAUGAAGUGUGACAUCGACAUCCGUAAAGACCUAUACGCCAACAACGUGCUGUCAGGAGGAACCACUAUGUACCCGGGCAUCGCUGACCGAAUGCAGAAGGAGAUCACCGCUUUGGCCCCAAGCACCAUGAAGAUCAAGAUCAUUGCCCCACCAGAGAGGAAGUACUCGGUGUGGAUCGGCGGCUCCAUCCUGGCGUCCCUCUCCACCUUCCAGCAGAUGUGGAUCAGCAAGCAGGAGUACGAUGAAGCCGGGCCCUCCAUCGUUCACCGCAAGUGUUUCUAGAAAGGUCCUUCAGCAGCCCUCCCCUCGCCCUGCACCGCCCUGCCGUCGCCCUCACUGAGCACCAGCGUACCGCCCCAACGUUUCAGGAUUUUAGGAGAAAAAUGACAGCUGUUUGUCUGUGACGGCUGAUGGACAGCUGUCCAAUCAGAUCAGGACUUCCUUCCUAAAGUUUAGAUUGUUAGCUCAAACACCCUCGUCCUCCUCUGCUCACUGAAAACUGUGAAUGUGGCGCUCGUCCUCCAUCUUUAACCCCUCCCCUUCCACCUGUGUCCCCACCCCCCCUCUGUCCGCCAUGUUGGCUGUUUCCUGUCCAGAAGUGUGUUUUUAUUUUUAAUGAUAAAGCUUGAAUGUUUCCCGCUGGUGUUAUCUUCCAUCGUUUGGGAGUGGAGCACAUUCACACAGCGUUAUGAUGAUGUCACAGGGUGUAUGAUGAUGUCACUGGUUGUGCCGUCUGCAUUGUGAACAUGUGAAGGUAGUGAAGUGUGAUGUGAUGACAGCAUGGAGGAGACAGACGAAGGCCCCAGGAAGACAAUAAAGAGCUCUCAUACCAGA